CCUAAAUUCUUGAGCGAUGUCUCUUCUUGCGCCGGGCGCCAAUGCGCUCCACUGCUUCUCUUCUUCUUCCAUCUUUGCCAGGGAUUUUGUGACGAUUCCAGUGUGGAUUAGCUGCAAGCGCCAUUGCCGCUUCACGAUCGCUGCGGCGGCGCAGUCCCGGGGUCGGGGUUUUGCGGAUUGGGCCAAGAGUCUGGGCAACCAGGAGCCGAUCGGUGCGCGGAUUGUGAGAAUGGUGGCCACUGCGACAUCGUCGCCGCUGGCGCAGUACAUUUCUUCUCCAGUUACGGUCUUGCAUUCGCUGGAUCCCCGAGUUAAACAGGCUUGGUUACUUGGCUUGAUCGUUUUAUCUUCGCGAGCACACGCAGUAUUUCGACUAGGCGUGGUCGCCCUCCUCUCCACAGCAGCUGUUUCGUGUCUUCCAAAGAGAGUAUGGCAGGACCAGUUGGGAAGAACAACAUUGCUCUGUGGAUUGCUUUUCGUGAUGGCAGCUUUGACGACAGAUGGUGUCACACCGAUCAUGCAAGUUCGAACACCACCACCGAGCGUGGAUUCAUUGCCUCCGCUGCCUCCAGCACUGAAUCGCUACUCCUACGUUUUCUUCAAGCUUGGGCCUUUCCAGCUCACGACCAAAGGUGUAGCACUCGCUACCACGGCUGCGUGUUUGUCAUUCACGGUGCUCCAAAGUGCCAGUCUUUGUAUCGCUACGACCACUCCAGAGGAUCUAGCAGCCGGGCUGCGAUGGUUUCUUCGUCCACUUCAAAGAGUCGGCGUUGCUGUGGACGAGAUGAUACUCACUUUGCUACUGUCGCUUAGAUUCACCGGUCUUGUCUUCGACGAGGUGCGAAACAUUGCCUUGGCCGUGGCUUCGCGGGGCGUGCAGUGGAAAUCGUUGAAGCUGCGAGAGACUCUAGAACAUCUUGGGACACUCGUAAGUCGCUUGUUCAAAAAUCUCUUCAUUCAUGCCGAGCAUAUAACCGAGGCUAUGAUAGCUCGAGGUUUCAAAGGCAAUCCCGAAGAACACAAGCUCUACUUCUUGAGCAGGCUCUCUAUUAAGUUAAACGAUGUUCUGGCGCUGGCGGCGCUGGGAUCGGUGCUGCUAGCCGCCGCUGCCUCGGAAAUCUUGCUCUCGUAAAGCUCACUUCAUCAAAGAUCCACCUUUUGGGCCUGGCGCUGCUUAGAGGACUUGGCUCUCCGCCACCAUCGCUUGACAUACUUGGUUACUUUGUCCUUCGUUUUCCUAGCACUGCUCAACGUGUCACGGCCAAUCGAUUGUACGUGAUCGAGAACUUGAGUUAGCAUGCUUCGCUUGGGUUGGUUCUUUGGAUUCGCAGGGUUCUUCAAGUUUUGCUUCUGCGGUGUUUUGGAAAUCUUUUAGCACCGAGGCAAUGAAAGAAAAGGCAAGUUGAGAACCUUAAGAAGUGAUUGAAGCUUGCUUC